AUGAAUAACUCAUUGGAAAGCGAAUGUGAAAUAUCGAGUUUUGAUGAGGAUGGUGAUUGUGAGAUGGAUGAAGACACUGAUGUUAAUAAUCAAAUGGAAACAUCUUCUCAACACAAAAUUGAUAUUAAAUGUGAAAAAUCUUCGCCUCCUAUUAAUACAGCAAGAAUAACAACAACUUCCGAUGAUAUCCAAUAUCAAAAUUCACAAACUUUUCAUCGUGCUUUUAGCAAAAGUCCACCACGUAUGAUGUCAACAAAUGAAUAUAACUAUUUGUAUUAUUUGUAUUAUUUUGCUUGUAUAUCGAAGACAAACAACGUGCCACCAACAGCCGUUCUACAGCGUUUACAAUCGUUGCAACAACCAUCAGCAAAUAAAGACACUAAACCAUCUAUUGCACCACCACUCAAUAACUAUUCAUUCAAUCCAUUUAAACCUCCAUUAGCUCAUUCAAGACCAAAUUCUUCGUUAUUUGUCGAUAAAUUAAAUUAUUAUUAUGGUCAAACAGCACCAAACUGUACAUCAACAGCGCUCUCAUUAUCUACAUCACCAAACGGUAAUGGUUCGUCAUCAUCAGCUGCAUCUUCUCCGGGUAGUACAACGACACCGUCGACAAUUACAACUUCUGCUUCAUCAACGACAACAUCAACACAAACGAGUUCUCGCUACCAGUGCGACAGUUGCUCUAAAAGUUAUUCGACAUUUGGUGGUCUAUCAAAACAUAAACAAUUUCAUUGUGUUGCUCAAAUAAAAAAACAAUUUCAAUGUAAAUAUUGUGAAAAAACGUAUAAUUCAUUAGGUGCACUAAAAAUGCACAUAAGAACACAUACAUUACCGUGUAAAUGUAAAAUAUGUGGUAAAGCAUUUAGUCGACCAUGGCUAUUACAAGGUCAUGUGCGAACACAUACUGGUGAAAAACCGUUUAAAUGUGAAAUAUGUUGUCGAGCAUUUGCCGAUCGAUCGAAUUUACGUGCACAUAUGCAGACACAUUCAGAUAUUAAAAAAUAUCGUUGUUCAAGAUGUCAAAAGACAUUUUCAAGAAUGUCAUUGUUGAAUAAACAUACGGAAAAUUGUUUACAACGAAUAACAACAACAACAGGAACAACGAACUUGUAA